GCCUCGAGCGCUUUGAACAUCACCAACAAGUUUUUACCUGGAGGCUGAAGUGCUCAUGGCUGUCGUUUACGGUGCUGUUACCCAGCCAGGCCUGCUUUACCAGCAGUACCCGCCUCCCCUGCUGCCCAAGCCUGGAAAGGACAACCUUCGGCUUCAGAAGCUCCUCAAGAGAACAGCUAAGAAAAAGGCUUCCGCUCAGGCUUUGCAGAACACCGGACCUUUCCGCUCCAGCCUCUCGCCUGUGAAUGAAGCAAGCCCUGACCUCGAGCACAGUGACCACUCCACUCCACCCAGGACUCCAGAGACACCGUCCAGCUACUUCAGAGUCCAGCAGCCUCCCCGGUUCAGCGUCAGGCCGCUGUAUCAACAUGUGGCGUCCCCUUACCCGGGGCGUGCAAGUUAUGGUAGAGCAGCAAGGUUUUCACCUCAGACGGUGGGAACCCCAUCGUACCCUUACUCACAGCAUGUCACAACAGUUGGUUCGUAUCCUGCAUCGACACACCCCCCUGGAGUCUUACCAGCUCCGGGGCAAGUUGUGCAGCAGGCAGCACCCACCAUAACUCAGCAAGCUUCCUCUGUAUCUGAGGCAACAGCACCAGUGGCUGAAGUGACAAUGCCAGCUUUUAGCACAUUCACUGAAACUCAUGCAGGUCUAAGACCUGUUACAGUAGUGACCACACAGCCAAAACCCACAAGUCCUUAUCCAACAAUAGGAUCUCAAGCUUUGAUUCGACCUCUCAUUGUGUUGACCCCAUUUGUCAGAUCCAGAAGUCCUCGUCCAACAUUCAAAGCAACUGAACCCUCAAGAUCACCCAGACCGAUGUUCGAUGUCCCUCAAAUUAGAAUGUACACUGCAAGCACAUCGUACUAUGAGACAUCCAGGACCCCGCCAGUGUACGACACAGCUGGAUUAACUGCUAUUGGUAGUACAGUACCUCAAAGUAUAACACUAACAGAACCCAAACAUGACUUUACUCCAGCAUCGGCGGUUGGAAGAGGUAUAACACAGACCUCUCAGCCUCCUUUGUUGGGCACAGAUACCCAGAGAAAAACACCAACUUUAGAAAUGAAAAGAGGCUCUACUCCAAUAGCAGAAAUUAAUACAAUCAUUACUCCUGCCACUCCAACAUCUGAACUCGAUAGAGUAACUCCAACAUCGGAAAUAAAAAGAGCAACUCCAACAGCAGAACUCAAAAGAGCAACACCAACAGCAGAACUCAAAAGAGCAACUCCGACAGCAGAACUCAAAAGAGCAAAACCAACACCAGACCUCAAAAGAGCAACUCCAACAAUAGAACUUAAAAGAGCAAAACCAACAGCAGAACUUAAAAGAGCAACUCCAACAAUAGAACUUCAAAGAGCAACUCCGACAGCAGAACUUAAAAGAGCAACUCCGACAGCAGAACUUAAAAGAGCAACACCAACACCAGAACUUAAAAGAGCAACUCCGACAGUAGAACUUAAAAGAGUAACACCAACAGCAGAACUUAAAAGAGCAACUCCAACAGCAGAACUUAAAAAAGCAACUCCGACACCAGAACUUAAAAAAGCAACUCCAACACCAGAACUUAAAAAAGCAACUCCGACAGCAGAACUCAAAACAGGUAUGCCAAAAUCUGAAAGAGCUAAAACACCAACUUUUGAGUUACAAGUAUCAAGAACUUUAGCAGGGCGGGCUAAAACCCCUGCAUACCAUGUUACCAGGGCUCCAACCCCUGUCUUUGAAAUCUCAAGACCCAAUCCUCUCUUGUUUGCAGUGUCAACCAUCAGAGCGGAGCCAGAAAAAUCAGGAACUGCCAAAACGGUUUCUGCUACGAUCAGUUCAUCUGCUUCCCAAAUUGUGAAGACUACUGAGCCUGCGCCUACUGGAAAAAUACUGAAUGGGGACAUUCAUUCAGACAUGACACAUGCAGCUAAACCAAUCCAACAAAGUAUUAAAAAGUCCAAAUCGGAGCCUGAUCUACUAGGAGAAAAGCAUCAAACUGCUCCAGCUGUCUCACAAAGAGCCAAAACUCCUACACCUGAGCCAACAGCACCAGCAGUACCAGCAGUGACUUCUUACAGCUAUCAGAGGCCAACACCGGCUCCAGCUGGCUCACAAAGAGCCAAAACUCCUACACCUGAGCCAACAGCACCAGCAGCACCAACAGCACCAGCAGUACCAGCAGUACCAGCAGUGACUUCUUACAGCUAUCAGAGGCCAACACCGGCUCCAGCUGGCUCACAAAGAGCCAAAACUCCUACACCUGAGCCAACAGCACCAGCAGCACCAGCAGUGACUUCUUACAGCUAUCAGAGGCCAACACCGGCUCCAGCUGGCUCACAAAGAGCCAAAACUCCUACACCUGAGCCAACAGCACCAACAGCACCAACAGCACCAGCAGUACCAGCAGUGACUUCUUACAGCUAUCAAAGGCCUAAGACUCCAACAUAUGAGGCAUCGCGACUUAUGGCCACAUUACCUGGUUAUAAAAGACCAAAGACACCUACAUAUGGAAUAUCACCUUCUAGUGUAUCACCUGUAGCCUUUCAGAGACCUAAAACCCCAACCCAAGUGGCUCACAAAUCAAAGUCUGGCUAUCGUGGAUUGACACCAGCUGAAUACGCUGCUCAUGGUGGAAUCAAAACUUUCUCUCCAGCAUUUGGUAUCGCAAGUUCUAUAACAGCAACUCAAGAGGAGGUAACAUCUACAGAAGAGGAAUCAGCAGAGAUUAAAACACCCAGCCAAGAACCAUCUGUGACGGCUCAACCAACAGCCGAGGUGUCUACAGUCAAAGAAACCCCCAAAGAUGUGAGACAUGAGAAGGUUUCUGCCGCCCCCUCAAUCCCUGUUAUUGUUGUUUCACAAGCAUCUGACUCCCCAGGAGCAACGUUAUCACACGAGAUAAUCACGGUAUCCAGUCAGGUUGCAGCAAAACAAGAACAAAGUGUGAUUCAAGAAACACCAAAGGCUAAACCUCCAACAGCAGUGGUGAAAACUCCAGUGAUGGAGAAGAAAAUUGAGAAGGUGGAAACAACAGUUAAAGAAGUUGUCAAGCCAAAGGAAAAAACUCCUGAAGCCAAACAUCCUCCGCCCAAAGCUGACACCCAGGAUCCUCUGAGGGCAGUAAGAAGACUUUUAGGCAAAGCCCCGCCUGGGACAACUGAGGCAAAAGUCUCAGAACAAAAAGAACCAGCGAAACCGAAAGUUCCCCCCAAGACUAAAAGUGAAGACUCAAAGCCGGUGCCAGCUGUGCCGGUGAAGGUUCCCGCUAAACCAACAGGAGGUGAAGAUAAAGGAAAAGAUAAAGCAGAAGCAUCUCCAGCAGUUAAACCUGCACCUGCAAAAAAGGAAGGCGACACGGGCCUCCCAGAAGCCGAGCCUCUUCUUAAAGUCAUAAAAAAGCCAAAGGGACUGAAAGCUAGUGGUUGGUCCCGACUCAAGAAGCACAUGGUGGUGGAGCAGGAGGAGCCCAAAUUUCCAGUGUUGGGCCUUGAGACGGAGGCAACUGGGAAGGACCAGAGCACGGAGAAGACGGCUGACGACAAGGCCGCCAAAAAGCCUGACGAGACAGCCGGCGCUCCGGACGACGAGAACCAAACCGAAGACGCUCCCAAAGCAACGAAGAUGUGGAACGCCGUCCUCUUCCAGAUGUUCUCCACUAAAGAGAACAUCAUGCACCAGAUCGAGUUGAGCAAAACCGAGAAGGAGAAAGAGGAGAAGACGGAAGAGAAAAAAAAAGAACAAGACGAGCAGAAAGAGAUACCUUCGUUCGCGCACCGGUUGCCCGUGUUGCUUUUUAGUCCGAGGUUCGACGCUAAGAAGCUCCGAGAGGCGGCGUCGAGGCCAGUCACGAAGAUUUCAACUGUGUUUGAAAUGGGGCUGAUUGGGCGCAAAGGUAAAGACGAGGAACCCAAAGACUUUAACAGAACAGCGAGGGGUUUCAAUCCUGUUUAAGGUAUAUAUAUUUAAAAUGUGAUAUAUAUGCCGAGAAGAAAAUGUAACGAUAUAUAUGUUUAAUGUACAGGUGCAAAAAGAUAUAUUAGCUAUAUAAAAAACAAACAAUGUACAGGUCUGGAGUCUUAGUGUCUGUGUGUAACAAAUGGAAAAUGUGUGACUGGUUGUCUGGAUGUUAAAUUGUGAAAUUUGUGAAUCAGCAGGAAAGAAAGAAAAGUACAUUUGUCUUAAAGUCAUUCAGACGUCUCAUCAGAUUAAAGCGUUUAUGUUUUAAGUAAUUUUCAAAGCUUUUUCUCGUUUGUUCUUUUCCAUCUCACACGUUGACAGUAGAUGUACUCUAAGGUCAGGGGUGUCAAACAUGAGGCCCGAGGGUCAGAACUGGCCCGCCGAGAGGCCAAUCUGGCCCAGUUUCCUUCUUCCUCUUUUCCUUCCUUACGUCUUUCCUUCCUACCUUUCUUCCUUCCGUC